AUGACUUCAAGUCAGACUACCGGAAGUCAGGAUCCGCCCCUGACCAUUUCCCAAUGGCGUGAUCUACAACAGAUGGCUUCCAGCCCAGCUCAUAUCUUCUCACUUCUCGAGCGGGCACAACCCAACAAGUCAAAUGCGUGGAUAUCAUUAGCAACGCCGGAACAAAUCAUUGAGCAAUGGGAGGAAAUCACAACGCUCAAAUCUCAAGGAAGGGACCUUCCACUCUUCGGCGUCCCAUUCGCCGCAAAAGACAACAUCGACGCCGCCGGGUUCUGCACGACGGCUGCAUGUCCAUCAUACGCCACAGAACCAGUCACCACCGAUGCAACAGUUAUACAACAGUUGAAAUCUCAAGGAGCUAUACUGAUCGGAAAGACCAACCUGGAUCAAUUCGCCACAGGUCUCGUUGGCACGCGUUCACCGUACGGAGCCGUUCUCAACUCCUUCGACGCAAAUCGCGUUAGCGGCGGAAGCAGCUCGGGAAGUAGCGUGGUUGUUGCGCAGGGACUGGUUCCUUUUUCACUGGGCACAGACACAGCCGGUUCGGGUCGGAUACCUGCUGGGUUCAAUAACAUCGUUGGGCUCAAGCCAACGCGUGGUGCUCUGAGCGCGCAAGGCGUGGUACCGGCGUGUCGCUCGCUUGAUUGUGUCUCUAUCUUCGCUUUGACUCUGGAAGAUGCAGAAACAGUCCUGGAUUUGGCCGAGGGGUAUGAUUCUCAAGAUGCGUAUUCGAGACAACGAACCAGUUGUGCAGGUGUCGACUCGCAAAAAGGCGUGCCCUCCCAGCCGACGCUGGCCAUUUGCUCCAACCCCGAGUGGUUUGGUGGAGCCGAGCAGGCUGCCGCCUACCAGAUUUCACUGACCAAAGCGCAACAGCUGGGGUGGAAGCUGGAGCCCGUUGAUUUCACACCCCUUUUCACUCUUGCCAGUCUUCUGUAUGAUGGGCCAUGGGUUGCCGAGCGAUAUGCCGCUAUCAAAGAGUUCAUCUGUUCAGUUCCUGCCGAUACUAUGGAUCCGGUUGUUCGAGGUAUCAUCAUGAAAGCCGAACAAUUUUCCGCCGCAGACUUGUUCGCAUGCGAAUACCAACGCCAGAACCUAGCCCGUGAGAUCGAGCAAAUCUUCAAGCCCUUCGACGCGUUGCUAGUGCCCACAGCUCCCACAUUCCCUUCGAUGCAGGAUCUCAAGGAGGAGCCGGUGGCAGCCAAUAGUCAACUGGGGAGAUAUACCAACUUCGUGAAUUUUCUUGAUUGGUCUGCUUUGGCCAUUCCCGCUGGGUGGCGAGAUGACGGCCUUCCAUUCGGUAUCACAUUGAUAGGGGGAGCAUGGGGAGAGCCACGAUUGUUGGAACUCGCUCGGCGCUGGAUGUCCGAUGUCCCGCGCUUACUGGGAGCGACUUGUGUGGAAUUCCAAGAGAGUUAUGCCGAGCGAAUUGCACCUUCUGACUCUAUGAUACUGGCAGUAGUUGGUGCCCAUCUCACUGGCUUCGCUCUCAACAAGGAUCUGGUGUCACGAGGUGCAACUUUGACCGCCGCUACGACCACAGCCCCGUGCUAUCAGCUCUUCGCACUGCAGACAACAGGUCCAGUCUCAAAGCCCGGCCUGAAAAGGGUCGCUGAAGGUGGCAUGUCAAUUGAAGUAGAGCUUUGGGACAUGCCGCUGGACAAGAUCGGCAGCUUCAUUCAAACUGUCUCAGCUCCCUUGGGAAUCGGAUCGAUUGAGUUGCAAGAUGGCCGAUGGGUUCACGGGUUCAUCUGUGAGCCCGUUGGCCUGGAAAAUGCAAGCGAUAUCACCGGGUUCGGUGGUUGGAGAGGAUACACCCAGUCACUAACCAGUUCCACCGCCGAAUCAUCGCGCGCUGCAUCUGCGACACCUUCAACCAGUAUCGGUGAGCGGCGCAUCAACACUGUCCUGGUUGCAAACCGCGGUGAGAUUGCGGUUCGCAUUAUUCGGACUCUGUGUGAGAUGUCAAUCUCGUCCGUGGCUAUCUAUUCACAAGCCGAUGCUCGCGCACCACAUGUUACCGCUGCAAGUGUCGCACUUCCCCUAGUCGGUGACACAGUGUCCGAAACCUAUCUCAACGGCAAGCAGAUCCUGGAUAUGGCUAUCGAAGCCGAUGUCGAUGCCAUCAUUCCUGGGUAUGGUUUCCUCUCGGAGAAUGCCGAUUUUGCAGCCGCUGUCGAGGCAGCAGGUCUUUUAUGGAUUGGGCCAUCUCCAGAGCAAAUGAGAGAUUUGGGUUUAAAGCAUCGUGCUCGUGAGAUUGCUAUCACAGCAGGCAUUCCGGUUGUACCCGGAAGCAAAAGAUUGGUGACUAGCCUUGAGGAUGCAAUUGCAGAAGCAGAGAGAAUCGGCUAUGCGGUGAUGGUAAAGAGCACCGCUGGUGGCGGUGGAAUCGGGCUCCAACGGUGCGCCGAUAUCGAUGCACUCCGAGAAGCGUUUGAUGGCGUCCGUCGCCUGGGACAAGCAAACUUCGGCGAUGAUGGAGUUUUCAUUGAGCUUUUUAUCGAUCGGGCUCGACACAUCGAAGUGCAGGUGCUUGGUGAUGGCGCUGGUCGUGUAAUUUGCGCCGGUGAGCGCGAUUGUUCGCUGCAGCGUCGAAACCAGAAGGUCGUCGAGGAAUCUCCUGCUGAAUUCGUCCCAGUCAGGGUUCGAGCCGACAUGCGCCGCGCGGCUGCUUCUUUGGUCGCUUCUUUGCAGUACCGCAAUGUAGGCACAGUUGAAUUUAUCUUCGACAUCGAUACCGAGCGAUUCUACUUUUUGGAGAUGAACACACGGCUUCAGGUCGAGCACCCAGUCACUGAGGCCGUCACCGGCCUAGAUUUUGUCGAAUACAUGAUUCACAUCGCCAUGAAUGAUUGCAUUUCGCUGUUUCCGCAGCAGAUAAACGAGAUCCCAGUCUCUGGUGCUGCCGUUGAAGUUCGUGUUUAUGCUGAAAGUCCUCUUCAAGAAUUUCGACCUUCCGCUGGAAAGCUCUUGAAUGUCGAGUUCCCAUCCGAUAUCCGUGUUGAUACAUGGGUCAGUUCAGGCCAGGAGCUAUCAUCAUCGUUUGAUCCGAUGAUCGCAAAGAUCAUAGCACAUGGUGACGACCGUCUCUCAGCUCUUCACAAGCUCUCGGAAGCUCUGGCGAAUACAACAAUCACUGGCGUUGAAACGAACUUGAGGUACCUGCAGCAAAUCGUGACCUGGGAGUCGUUCAAAUCCGGAGCCUUUACAACAGGAUCCCUGAAUACCUUCCCAUACGAAGCUCAAGUUGUCGAGGUUAUUGAUGCUGGGUCCGACACAGCCGUACAAGACUUCCCUGGUCGUCAGGGCCUUUGGCAUAUCGGUAUGCCUCCCUCUGGUCCAAUGGACUCAUACUCAUUUCGCCUUGCGAACAGAGUAGUCGGCAACAAUGACCGUGCUGCGGGACUCGAGUGCUCGAUACAAGGACCGACGCUGCUCUUUCACACUACAACCACGGUCGCAGUCGUGGGUGCCAAUGCCCCGGUAUCUGUUGACGGAGAAUUGAAAGCUUCUGGCAUAGCCAUCAACAUCAAAGCCGGCCAGAAACUUUCCAUCGGCACAGCUACCAAUGGUUCCCGGGUUUAUCUUGCCAUUCAAGGCGGUGUUCAGGUCCCUGAGGUUCUAGGUAGUCGAUCAACGUUUGCGAUCGGCCACCUUGGGGGACACAAUGGACGGAGCCUCCGCGCUGGGGAUCUUCUUCCCCUAGCACAUGUCGCAGAAGACGAUGUUCCCUUGCUCGAGGCCCCAAUUGAUUUCCCUUCGGCGCCCGAAAACAGAGAAUGGAUCGUUAGUGCGAUCCCCGGACCACACGGCAGUCCAACCCACUUCACACAGCAAGGACUCCAGGAGCUGUUCAAUGGCCAAUGGACUGUCCAUUACAACAGCAAUCGACUCGGUGUUCGUCUCACCGGGCCUCGGCCAGAGUGGGCACGAAAAAGCGGUGGUGAUGCUGGUCUCCAUCCCUCCAAUAUCCACGACAGCCCUUACGCAAUCGGAAACGUGAGCUUCACUGGUGAUGAGGCAGUUGUGCUGACGGCAGAUGGGCCGAGUUUAGGAGGUUUUGUUGCAUUUGCCACGGUCGCGGAGGCCGAGAGGUGGAAAUUCGGACAGAUGCGACCAGGCGAUCGUCUCCGUCUGCGAUCUAUUUCUCUUGACGAUGCGCAGGCGCUUGCGAGGGAUCUCGAGCAUUCGAUCUCCACACUCACUCCAUUGGCACAUACAGAAUUGAUAAACCAAAGCCCCGGUACUGUCUCCAGUCCGAUAUUGAAGGAAAUAUCUGAGUCUGGUCGCUCCAUUGAUGUCGCCAGGCUGGCGAUCGAGCCUUGCUGCUGGACUUCGCAUCAAACCUCGCCAAUCCCGGGUGUUCAGGAGCUCGUCCCAGAUGUUCGAAGCCUUCUUGUUCGUGUUGAAGCGAACUUCUCACUAGGCCAACUCCUGGAUGCGCUGGUCGCACACGAAAUUUCUCUCGGGUCUGAGCUUCCCUCCCGACAUCCCUCGCGCAUUGUCCAUAUGCCACUCGUUUUCGACGAUGAGAAGAGCCGCAAAGCAAUCGCCCGCUAUAGCUCAACCAUCCGCUCCUCGGCACCGUACCUUCCCAGCAACAUUGAGUUCUUGCAGAAGCUCAACGGACUUGACACCGAUCGGGUGGAAAGCAAUAUUUAUGAGAGUGCAUUCCUCGUGCUGGGCCUUGGUGAUGUGUACCUCGGGUCUCCUUGUGCUGUCCCACUGGAUCCCCGUCAUCGAUUGUUCGGGACAAAGUACAACCCAUCGCGCUCCUUCACCCCUAGUGGUGCUGUCGGCAUUGCUGGCCAAUACCUGUGCAUCUAUGCGACUGAUUCACCAGGUGGUUAUCAACUCGUCGGUCGUACAGUCCCUAUCUGGGAUGACUUUCACAAGCCAGGAUUGGGCGAAAAACUCCCGUGGGCAUUCAGACUCUUGGAUCAAAUUCGUUUCUAUCCUGUCACAGAGCAGGAACUUUCCGCGGCGGAAGCUCAUGGGACCUCGAGUAGCCUCAUCAAAGUAUCUAGCACUGAGCUAGAUCUCGAUGCGUAUGAGAAGUGGUUGCAGGAGAACGCGGAUGAUAUUACUGCUGUUCGGGAGGAACGAUCACGGGUUGUUCACGAGGCGGAAUUCUUUGAAGAUCUACUCCAGCCAUAUGACCCAAGAACGAUGCGGCCAAUCCGAGAAAAUGGCAACGAUGGGUCUAUGACCGGAGAGCGAGUGAAGGCACUUUUGCCUGGAAGAUGCUUCCGUUGCGCUGUCGAGGAGGGAGAUCAACGAAGUGAGAUGAUCUUAAACGAUCUCCCUCAAGGCUCCAUCGAGAUCAACAUAGCUCUCCAGGACUAA